ACCAUAGAGGAUGACUUUUUUUCUUCAUCAUCUAAAAAUGGAGAACCACUGUCGUCUCCACCUUUACUCUCUCCCUCACUAAAGCCGCCACAGCCCCUCUCUCAAAAAAUCCCUCUGCCACCGCGCCUCUUCUCUCUAUUUUCUCUCUGUCGACGCCUUUCGCUCUUCCUCUCCUCACCGACGAAUAGCAGUAACAACCAACGCUGCAGUUGCGAUGGUGAGCUCCAAGCAGCAGCCUCCAACAGCGAUGACAAGCUGCAACAACGCGCAGCAGCAAGCAGGGACGCGCGGUAGCGGUGAACUCCGCCCAGCAACGGCGAACACCAGCAGCCAGUGCCGCUUCUUCUUCUCCACGCAACAGUCAGUGCUGCUGCCUCUUCUCCACAUCGCUCCUUCGAUGUCUUCGGCAACAACCAUGGCGAGUCUCGCUAGAUUAACAGGACAAGAGGUCGAAGACGGAUCUCCACAGAUCCGUCUUGGUAAGGGUUUGGAUUUCAAAGUUCAAGACAUGAAGAGUUCAUUUGGAACAGGAUCCAGAUGGUUUUAGUUUCUUGUUUUAUUAUUUCUAUUUGUGUAUUAUUCUUGCUUAAUUAUUUUUGGCAUGUAAUAAUAAACUUUGUAUAUAAUAAAUGGGGGAGAAUACAUGGGGAGGGAAUAUACUUGCUACUUGCUGUAUUUAUUUAUUUUUUUAGUUUAUCAUGAAUUUAUGUGUGCUUAGGAUACAUGUGAUCUAGUUAUACUACUCAUUUUCACAUGCUUGGGUCCAUUUAUUCAUGAUAUAAAUAUUUUAAUUUUUACAAGA